AUGGGGCUCAAAGAAUUUGCUGUCAUUUUGAUAUGGGCACUGGCUGCCAAUGCCAACGUCAUUGUCGAUGAUACCGGUAGCAGUGCAGUAGCAGCUACCAUCAGUAGCACCGACUCACCAAGCACUGAAGCAACUGUGAGUAUCGAGAAUAUCAACUCAACUUUGGCACUGAGCGACACUGCGGCUAAGAGCAUCGAAGAUGCGCUCUACAACGAAGUCGUCUCAAGAGAUUUCAACAAGGCCGUAUAUCGGACCGCGAUAUUGUAUGGAGAUGGACGGGACUCCAUUAUUACGAAUGUCGUUAACCGGCUCAUCGAUAACGGCAAAUCUCAAAUAUUUGAUUACGCAUACAAACUCACAGCUUCCAGGGGCACGUUCAUAGUCCGAGCACUCUUUCCUUGGGAGAUCCGAAUGCACGAAGAUCUGUUAUUCGUUAAAAUAAUCAGCUACCCGUAUAACUUCGCUCUAAAGUACAGUCUCGGCGAGGAUUUGGAUGACGAGAAAAUUGCCUACGGCGAUCCCAAUACCAAGACCAGGUUUAGAGUUACGUGGAAGUUUGUUCCUUACUGGAUAGGAGAUAGGGUAUACUUCAAGAUUCGUCCAAUAGAUAUUGCGUACUUCUUGAAACUUGGGAAUACGGUAGACAGAGACGGUGACCACGGAGCUUAUGGAUCUACUAACCACGACACAGACAGGCACUUGUGGUACGUGGAACCAGUCAGACAUAAAGGCAAACUCCUGUUCUACAUCAUCAACAAGGAGUACAACAAACUUCUGAAACUCGGCCAAUCAACGGACAGCGAUGGUGAUCGUAGAGCCUAUGGGCACUCCACUAGGGACUUCAACCCGGACAAAUUUGCUUGGGACAUUGACCUGAUUUAG